ACACUUCAGCUCGGGUGAAAUACCGAAGCAGUAAUGCAAACCGGCCAAUCUUUCUCAUGAUGCGGCCACUAUAUUCAGGCUUGCAGCUCACUCUUCCGACAAUAUCUCGAUCGCCCACACCAUGCCGCGACAAUUGCCCUGGCUGAACAAAGGUGGCGGAAGCAGGACUCAAGUGAAGCCACCUCGGAAAGCACCACCUAAGUCGCGAAUUCAGUCUGAUAUCGACGAUGACUUCUUCGCGGGCACUGCCUUGGAAAGCUCCGGGAAAAGGAAGCAACGGGCCGAUUCUCAAGUGUCCGAUGACGAUCUUCCGGAGCUCCCAACCAGCUAUGCGCAGACAUCGCGCAAGGGCAAGGAGCCCGUUCGACGCUCUAGAUUGCCCUCUUCGUCUCCGCCACCAGUUUCCGCUACUUUACCUCCACCACCAGUAGAAUAUAUGCAGAAGAGCGUCGAUAAGUUCGAUCUUCGCGACGACGAAUGGAUGAUGGUAGAAGACGAAUUCCUCCAAACCGCCAAGCUCUUCACACGGCAUCUCCAUCUGGCAGAGUACGAGCGUCUUAAGAAGAGCAUCGAAGAGAAAAAGAAGGAAGAAGCCGCAGCAGCAACUCCAAGACCCGUUGUCCCGAACGCGAAACCUUCGUUUGAGCGGCAGCUGAAGGCGCGGGCGAAAGAGCAGGCCAAGGCGCAGAAAAAGGCAAUUAGGGAUGUGUUCCGUUCUACCUCCGACGACGAUGAGGAACAACCGAAGCGCGCGUCCAUAGGCAAAACCGCGUCUACAACUACGACUAGCAGACCCUCGAAAGCUCCUCAUCUAUCACCCGGAAAACCCAACGCAAGUGGCACGGACAGCGACGAUCUCGAUGCGCCCAGACAGCCAACAAAGGCUCCUUCCAACACAUCCAACUCAAUACCUACCUCCUUCGUCAAACCCGCCCUACCAACAAAAUCCAGACCCGCAGCUUCCCGAUCCAGCCGCGCAACCCCAUUCGACCUGUGGGAUGAUUACACACCGCCCCAACGCUGUACGUCGCCCCGGAAAGCCACUCCCACCAAUACAUCGCUUCCGAUGCCCUCUCCUGCGAAGCCAUUCAAACCUCCAGCAACUUCAUAUAGCUCCUCCUCAUCACCACCCAAAUCCUUGCAAACAUCAACUAGCAGGCCUUCCCAGCCGUCUCAGGUUUCCACCACCCGACUUUCUCAAUCCAUCCGCAGACCUGGACGGUCUCUGGACCUGUUCGACGACCUUGAUUUCCCCAAGCGAGAUCCCUUGCCCAAAGAGCACUCUGAGCGUCUUGCGAAGCGCAAGGCGGAAAGGGAGAAAGCGGAGCAGAAGGAGAAGAGAAAGUCGGUGAAGCUGGAUGAUAUACCUACAUUCUUGUUCUAACCUUUUUAAUUACUUUCCUAUAAAAACGUGGCAUGAUGAGUGUUUGCUUGGUUCGGUGUUUUCUGGUUUGUUUAUUAGAUACCCGGUCUUGAAAAGUCCACGGUGGAUGGAUAUGGCAUGAGGGCUUGGAUGCAUAGGCAUAUGGCUUAGUCAUGAAGCUUCCGAUAUUAUUCAACGAAUGACGAUAUUUCUAGCCAAAUUCCCGGGAUAUAUGUUGUAUGAAUCUCAGUUCACCUCCCUUGCCCGACGAAACCCGAAAAGUUGAAAGUGUAUCGAAGCACUUCAAACUGCUCUCUACCCAAACAGCUUAUCCAGCCACUUAUUGAACACGUUGGUCUCCUCCUUGGGCACAAAAGUCCUCGUGUACUCCUCAAUCUCAUCUAGGUCUUGCUGCAGAUCGAUCUCGUGCGCCUUCUUGAAGUUGGUCUUUUUGAGGAUUUUCCAGCCAAUGAACAGAACGGGGAAGAUGAAGAUCAUCAUGUACCUAAGCACUAGU